AUGGAAGACCAGGGAGUACAACAGAUGCAUCAGCCUGUUGUUGUGUAUCCAACCGCAUACACCAAACAAUAUCCAUAUCAAUCUUCUUCUUCUUCAUCAUCUUCCUCUGGCUCUCGCGGUUCUUUUGGUACAGUCUUCAUUGUCCUAGCCGUAAUCCUUGUCUUGUCGGUUCUGGCUUGUGUCUUCGGGAGGCUAUGCAACCGUGAAGGCCGUGCGGGUAAGCAGCAGCAUAGCAAGCAAUCAAAGCAUGAGAAAACGUCGUCUAAGAAGAGCCGUGAGAUUCGGCCUGUGGACCGUGAGCCAAGGGAGAGAGGUGAUUUGGAGUUUGGUUUGGAAAUGAAACGGCAUGAACCUAUUGAGAAACUCUCUGGAAGAGGUCACGGAGAGGAUAUAGAAUUGGGGUUUGAUAACAAGAGAGAAGAAAGAGGCAGAGGAGGUCCACCUCCUCCUCCGGUUAUCAAACACGGAGUGAGGCUUAAGUCACCGGAAAAUGGAGACCAUCAUGCUAAAGGUGAAGUCAGACGUGGAGGUCCUGACUUUGAGUUCCGACCAAGACACUAA